AAUAUCCAUACUUGAACAACAAUACUUGAAUCAUUGAAAUUUGUUUGAAUAAGAAAAUAUUUUGCAAACAAAUAAGAAUGUUGCUCAUACCAUGUAUAAAUAAAAUGAAUAAACAUUCAUUACAUACAACAACAACAACAACAAAUUCGUUGUUAAUAUCAUCUCAACAACAUCAUCAUCAUCAUCAUCAUAACAGAAUUAUGAAUGGCCAUUCGACACCAAAAACAUUGUUAUGGACGCUUAGUUUGAUUUGCUCAAAAUUGAUUACAUUUAAAUUAUUAAUCAUACAUUUUAUAUUCAAUUUUGACAUUGGCAUUAGCCUACGUUUAGUGAUGUUGGAAGUGCCAUCACCAUCAUAUGCAGGCGAAUCAAUAGAAUUAAGCUGUAUCUAUGAAUUGGAACAGGAUAAACUUUAUUCAGUUAAAUGGUAUAAAAAUGAUGUAGAAUUUUAUAGAUAUGUGCCUAAGGAUUGGCCGCCAGGUCAAUUUUUGCCAAUUAAUGGAAUUAGAGUCGAUCUAGCCAAAUCUGGAAUGAAUUCCGUAUUCCUAAAAUUUAUCGAUAUUAAUACGGCAGGUCUUUACAGAUGUGAAGUAUCAGCCGAAGCUCCAUCAUUUGUUACAGCCGAAGGUGAAAAAGAAUUACAAGUAACAGUAUUGCCAUUGAGUGGUCCACAAAUCAUUGGUGUACAACCAUCAUAUAAAGUUGGCGAUGAAGUGAAUCUAACCUGUAUAUCGGCCAAAAGUAAACCAUUCUCGACAUUACGAUGGCACAUCAACAAUAAAGAGGUUAAAAAUGAUGAAUAUCAUAUUAGUAAUGCAUCUCACGUCAUACAUGAUGAUAAUCUUGAAACGAGCAGUACACGAUUACGAUUUGUUGCACUUGACAAGCAUUUUAAAUCCGGCAUUAUACGUGUAAAAUGUACAUCGACCGUUAUUCGUAUGCAUACAAUGAGUAAUGAGAUUAUUCUACGUACAGAAAUACCGAUGACAUCGGAUAAAUAUCUUGAUAAUUAUCUAAGUGAAACAUUAAGUCAAAUACCCAAUGAUGGUGGACAAUCAUAUCGACAACGAAAACAACAAUCAUUGCCAUUCAUCAUUAUCAUCUCGAUGACAAUAGUCAAAAUAGCCACAAUAAUAUUCUAGAUUUCAUUUUUCACAUUCAAUUCAUCACCAAUCAAUCAAUCAAUCAAUCACUGGAUAUUGAUAAUC